AUGAAAUCCGGGAUUCCCUUCGCCCUGCUUGGCCUGGCGGCCGCCGAAAACUCUGUCGUGUCCCUUUUCAUCCCUGACACCGAGUCUACGACCCUGGCCGGUUCCGUCGUGGAAGAGAGCCACAGCACGACGACUUGGGAUAUCAGCUGUGCCCACAAGUCGACGGGAGAUUGUGCGAUGCACACCACCUUGGUGGCAGGCCCGACGACUACUCAAUAUGUAGCCAGUGAUUCCUCUCAGGCAUUCCGCUUGACCUGUUCUAUGGAUGGCACUACUAGCGGAGUUUGCUCUGGAGCAAGGAGUGGGUCGGCCUUCGACUUCGUGGGCUCUGUAACUACGACGCUCGACAAGAGCGACAUUACGCUGCUACCGGUCACUGUAUCUGGCUCUAUGCCGGCAUCGCCUGCGACGGCAACGAGCACGAGCACGAGUACGUCUAGUGCGGUCAAAGACACAGAAAAGGGUUCUUCUUCUCAGCCCUCGCCCAAGAGCUCGCCUAAGAACUCGACUGAAGGCGCGGAGGAAUCUGCGACUAAGAGUUCCUCUGCUGGCUCUUCCGCCAGUUCGUCCCCCAGUACUGGUGGCAUGCCCCGGGUGACUGGGAAUGCCGGACUGGCACUGGGUGGUGCUGCGAUGGUGCUGGCGGCUGCCGUUGUAUGA